UCACGUGUGACACUUAAAUUCCUCGCACAAGUGACCACGUUUAGCUGUGAAAACUUCUCUAAACCUUAAAAACAAAAAGGUUCAAAAUAACACUCAUAUAGCAACAAUACACAUUUCUGUUUUCAAGUACAAAUACGUUACGAUUACGUCAUCAAGAAGUUGUAAUCUUUCACUUGAUGGGCAGGGUUUUAGCCAAUCGAAAUGCAGGAUUUUGAGAGUGGCAUACGAGGCAGCUAAUCAUCACCAAACCUUUGGCAUCCGGUUUCUUCCUUGCGUGAGCUAGGCUAGCAAAGGGGGUGCGAGUGGAAGCUACGCAGAGAAAGGGGCUGCUGGUGGCGAAGAUGGCGGAUGGGGAUAGUGGAAGUGAGCGCGGUGGCAGCAGCAGCGGAGGGGGUGGCGGCGGCGGCGGCGGUGGCGGUGGCGGCUUCCAGCAUUACCAGCGGGAGCCCGAGACCCAGGAGCUGGCCUCGAAACGGCUAGACAUCCAGAACAAACGCUUCUACCUUGACGUGAAGCAGAACGCCAAAGGCCGGUUCAUCAAGAUCGCCGAGGUUGGCGCCGGAGGGUCGAAAAGUCGGCUGACCCUUUCCAUGUCAGUGGCGGCGGAGUUCCGCGACUACCUCGGAGAUUUCAUCGAGCACUACGCCCAGUUGGGGCCUAGCACUCCGGAACAGAUCGCCCAGUCAUCGGGCGGCGAUGACAGCGGGCCUCGGCGCGCCUUGAAGAGCGAGUUCCUGGUGCGGGAGAACCGAAAAUACUACCUCGACCUGAAGGAGAACCAGCGAGGUCGCUUUCUCCGAAUCCGCCAGACCGUCAACCGAGGCCCCGGCUUCGGUGUCGGCGUGGGUGGCAUGCCCGGAACUGGCAUGCACGCGGGACAGACCAUCGCCUUGCCGGCCCAGGGCUUGAUAGAGUUCCGCGACGCCUUGGCUAAGUUGAUAGACGACUACGGCGGUGACGACGACGAGCUGGCCGGCGGCGGCGGAGGGGCGACGGGCUACAGCGAGCUCCCGGAGGGCACUUCCAUCAUGGUGGACUCGAAGCGCUUCUUCUUCGACGUGGGCUCCAACAAGUACGGCGUUUUCUUGCGGGUGAGCGAGGUGAAGCCCAGCUACCGGAACUCUAUCACGAUCCCCUUCAAGGCUUGGAGCAAGUUUGGGGGAGCGUUCAGCCGCUACGCCGAGGAGAUGAAGGAGAUCCAGGAGCGGCACCGGGACAAGGCGUUCGAGCGCCGGGCCGCGGAGGAGUCCGAGGGCGACGACGUGGACGACGACUGACGGCUUACUUACUUUUUCUUUUUGUUUUCGUUGGAUUUAUUUGUUGCUCAAGACGACCAGACGAUGCAGAGCCGGGGAGAUACAACAGGAUCUGGAGUGCAUGACUUGUUCAAAAUGCGGAGUCAAAUUAAGUAUGUAUGACUGAGAAAUAAGUGUCUUUAUAAAGAGCUGUUCUAAAUACAUAGAUGGAUGUUAUAGAUAUGAGUGUGGAUGCCCAUUGGUUGAGAUAUAUAUAUAUAUAUAUAUUUACCUAUACAAAUACAGGUGCAUCUCAAUAAAUCAGAAUUGAUUUCUGGAGUUCAGUUCCAACUGAGACCAAUUAAUGCUGGGGUGUCCAAAAUGCGUAUUUUUGACAAGCCUGAUAUGAUUUCUUCCACGAGUAAUCUCUACUUUGUCAAAUAAGCUAAAUGGGUCACAGAGUAAGAAAAUGUGACAAGCUAAACGUUUUAAAAUAAAGUAACUUUUCAAAGAUAUUCUCAUUGA